CCCUCCCCCGGAUAUGCGUGGCUGAGUGAAGCAAUGGCGGAUGAGACGGGGAGCCGGGUGUUGUGUGUGUGUGUGUAUAAGUUAUACGCGCUGUUAUUAAUAGCUGGGUUUUGGAUCGGAGGUGUGGGGGCUGCUGUACAGUCGGAAGGUGAAGCGUACCGAGCAGGAAACUCCGGUUUAUUCGCUCCAGCAGCGGCAGCCAGAGAUGUUCGAUACCUGCUGUAUGACGUGAACCCCCCCGAGGGCUUUAACCUGAGACGGGACGUGUACAUCCGCAUGGCGUCGUUAGUGAAGACCCUGAGGAAGCGGGGCGACUGGGUGCUGGUUCUGCCCCCGUGGGGGCGUCUGUACCACUGGCAGAGUCCACAUGUCCACCAGGUCCGAAUCCCCUGGGGCGAGUUCUUCAGCAUCACCAGCCUGCAGGCCAUCGUGCCCGUCAUCGAGUACGAGGAGUUCAUCGCGGAGUCGGGUGGGCCGUUCAUCGAUCAGGUUCUGGUCCUGCAGAACUACGCUGAAGGCUGGACCGAUGGAAUUUGGGAGGAGAAGGUGGACGAGCAGCCGUGCAUCGAUCGCCAGGUGUACACAAAAGACAAACAGAACUACUACAGAGGCUGGUUCUGGGGUUACGAGGAGACUCGAGCUCUGAACGUGACCUGUUUAUCUGCUCAGGGUCACGCGUCCAUAUUAGCACCGUAUCUACAGAACAACAUCUCAGCUACUUCUGUGAUGUUGGACAGGGCUGAGACGGUCCUCCAUGAUCAUUAUGCUGGAAGAGACUACUGGGAUACCCGGCGGAGCAUGGUGUUCGCCAAGCACCUGCGCAUGAUCGGGGACCAGUUCAGAGCGACGUACCUCAACUCCACCGACGAGCAGGACCACACGCCCUACGCCGAGGACUGGACGCGCAUGAGGACCACGUUAGGCAGCGCUAGAGGAGGCCCGUACCUGGGCGUUCACCUGCGCAGGAAGGACUUUAUCUGGGGGCACCGGGAGGACGUGCCCAGCCUGAAAGGGGCAGCGAAGAAAAUCCGCAGCCUCAUGCUGGAGAAGCUCUUCGUUGCCACCGACGCUGAGGAUGAAGAGCUGGAGAAGCUAAAGACGAUGCUGCCUGAGAUGAUUCGGUACGAGCCCAGCAGGGAGGAUCUGGAGAUUCUGAAAGACGGCGGAGUCGCCAUCAUCGAUCAGUGGAUUUGCGCCCACGCCAGGUAUUUCAUCGGGACUUCGGUUUCGACGUUCUCCUUCCGGAUUCACGAGGAACGAGAGAUCCUGGGCUUCGACCCUAAAACCACCUACAAUCGCUUCUGCGGGGAUGACGAGAAAGAAUGCGAACAGCCCACGCACUGGAAGAUCGUCCGCUCGUAGUCCUGGAUGUGCGGUGACUCUGUGGGACUUAUCCUGAUGGAUUCAAGUGUUUAAUAAUAAUAAUAAUAAAAAAUACAAAUCCGCA